UAUGAAACAUAAUUUUAUGUAUGUCUAUUUAACAAUAGACCCUAGCAUAUACUUGAUUGGCAGUCAGAUGACUCAGUCUUUGUUUGACACAUCCAUUAUGUCUUCAGUUCAUCUGUUCCCCUGUGUGUUGAUGUGGCUGUUUAAACCAUUUAAGCACAUUAUUUAAUUCAUCUCAGGGUUUAAACAAGUCCAUUAGCUGGGUCGCCUGGUCUUAGAAAAGCAGCCCCAGGUGUGCAUUAGUGCAUGCAUUAGAGAGAAACCUGCACCUGUGUUCGCAAGUCUCCCGAUGACGAUAGAGCAGUACUAUUUUAUUUUAGAAGAGCUGUAUAAAAGAGACCAUGAACAACACACUUCAUCUAGAACAAAGACAGCAGGUAAGAGACCCUUUACUCUCAAAAUGUUGUAUUGUUUUAAGAAUAUCUAUGCAGAUUGUGAUUCUGUAGUUCUAAUUUAGACUUUAAACUUAAAAAAGAAAGCAUUCGAGUGACUCUAAAUUUAUAUUUGUAAUAUAAGUCUUAGCUAACCAUUAUUUUUAUGAAGCCAUUACAAUAACAUUUAUCCACUGCUUUAACCCCUUAAAAGUUCAAUCAACCUCUUUUUAUUAAACAUUUACAUUGCUUAGAGAAAUUAUACAACUUCUUUGUAUGGUUUCUGUUGCAUAAACUGUUGAAAAAUAAGGAUGAGUAUAAUAAUGCUGUACAUUUAGUUUUGCCUUAGACAGGUGUGACUUAAUAAUUUAGUUUGAAUAUAUUUAUAGAACCAAAUAAUUAAACAUAGCAUUUUUUCUAUUCUGAACUGGGAGAUACUAUUAACUAACUUACUAACUAAACAAUCCACCAAAAGCAUUUAUUAUAUGAUGCAAUGUUGCGUAUAUGAAAUGUUUAUGCUUGAGUUUUAGCAUGGAGUGGAACGGAAGGUUGCUGGUCCAGUUGUUAAUGCUGAUGUGCGUGUUGGAGGUCAAUCUUUGCCAGCACUGGUCAUAUGGUUGGCUUCCUGGUGGAAAGAGAAGCCUUGGUGAAGUGGAGGCAACAUUUAGGAUGAUGGAUGCUGGCGAUGCAGUACUGUCCAUUCCUGCAGAUUCUCCAAUAGAGCGGCUUUCACCGAUACACAUAGUGAAUGAGGUGGACGCUGAAGGUUUGCCUCUGAAAGAACAGAGAUUUCCCAACAGACGAGGAAGAGUGUAAAAUCACAAAGCAUGAAGAUAAACCCUCGGAGCCAAUGAGAAUAAAUUUAAGUUUUGUUCCACGUGA